UGUCAGUCAGAAGUGUUUCGCCCGAUUGGCCUAGUCGCUUUAGGAUUGUUGUCAGAGCAACACUAGAGCGCCAGUGACUGUGAGGGCGCGAGGGACAGAGCAAAACAUGCUUCCCUUAUCUUUACUCAAAACUGCUCAAAAUCACCCUAUGUUGGUGGAGUUAAAAAAUGGAGAAACAUACAAUGGUCAUCUGGUCAGCUGUGACAAUUGGAUGAAUAUCAAUCUUCGUGAAGUUAUCUGUACUUCAAGGGAUGGUGACAAGUUCUGGAGGAUGCCAGAAUGUUACAUACGUGGUAGCACCAUCAAGUACUUGCGUAUCCCAGAUGAAAUAAUUGAUAUGGUGAAAGAGGAGGUGAUGUCAAAGGGUAGAGGACGUGGUGGAAUGCAGCAGCAAAAGCAAAUGAAAGGAAGAGGUGGUGGCGGAGGAGGAGGAGGAGGCGGUGCUGGGAGAGGUGUCUUUGGUGGACGAGGGCGAGGCGGUCCAGGUGGUGGCAGAGGGCAGCAGGAUAAGAAGCCAGGUCGACAAGCUGGAAAACAGUGAGGUCUUGCCCCACUCAGUGCUUUCUCCCACUAGGGACAAUAACACAUCAAUGCCAGUCUGGUCCUCUGUGAAACCUGCUUAAUGUUUGAUGUUAUGUCUCCAAAAACACCAGCACAGUUCAAAAAAACAUUGGGUUUUUUUUUUGUUUGUUUUUGUUUUUUUUGGGGGGGGGAUUUCUGGUCUAAUACCGAUGCUCCUCACCUCCUUGAUGACAAACCAUUUUGAAAGGCAUGUUAUUUGCAAGAACAGAGACAAUCCAGAACCAGAUGUCAAACACAUGAUUAAUGCCUGUUCUGUUUUUUUUUUUUGUUGUUUUUUUUUCUUUACUUACUAACCUGUAUAUGAACUUUGCUUGAGGCAUCAGGGGGUGAAUGGGGGUGUAAUUGCCAAGCAGAGAGGAGUGGUUAGCUUAUCCUCAUACACAUCACUUGUAAGAACUGUGCAGCCUGCAAGUUUUCAUAAAGUUAACAAAAUUGGUCUAUAAGAGUGCAAAUGUUUUGACUGAAAAUGUGGACUUUUUUUCUUUCUGGCAAAGUAGUUAAAUAUCUGGCUGCGUUGCUAACCAGACAUCACUUGGAGAAAGCAGAGUUAAUUUUGGCACUGUUUCUGCUUACAUAUUUAUAGUUGUUAGCUUCAGAGACAAAGUCUUGCUAAGUUGCUCUAGCAGAGAACAUCAAAGUGAAAUCGAAUACGGACUAAACACUAAUGAAAAAAAUAUCAAUGUGUUCUACUUGGGAUGAAUGACAAUAGCAUUUUAUACCAGUGCUUAAGUAUUGAGCUUUCUGGUUAUUCUCAUAAUUCAGAAACCCAGUUCCCUUGAGGGUUAGUGUUCACUAAAAUAAAAAAAUGCCUUCACAGAGAACAUCAAAAGCACAUUUUCUUCAAAUGUAUCUGGUUAAAGAAUGUUUGUAACCAAAAGAGGUUAAAGCUUCUCCAUUGCAUUGUAUUUUGUGUUAAAAUAUUUUUGCUGUUGUCAUGGCAACUCACAGCAUUCUUUUUUUUUUUAAUGUUCAGUAUUUUGUUUUUUUAAAAACUUUUGCAUUUUUGAGAAGUUAUUUGUUAACAAAUAGCUACAAUUGCGUUAUCACAUUUGACAACCAAAGUUUGUGUUUCAAUAUUAAUGCAUUAAGGUACAAUAUUAAGUUUGUUUAUUUUUAAGCCUAAUUUGUGCAAGCACUUACAGAACUGUUUAACUGUAUUUAAAGGAAUGCUGUUUGUAAUAUAAUUCCAAUUACACAAGGCAAGAAAGAAAAUGUUAAACAAGUGGGCAUAAAUUUGUUUUUAUUGGAAAUGUUGUGUAAGUGCACAUUGACUAUUUUUUUCUUUUGUUUUUGAAAAAGUAAAUGCUAAUAAAAAUUUUGGGUUUUGCAGACACUGA